AUGAGGCUCCUCGGCGCCCUCCUCAUAGCCCCCGCGGCCGUAUCGGCGACUGUCUCCUUCGAGUUGAUGCGAUCAACAUCGGAAGCUCCCCAUCCUCACCUUGGCAAACGCAGCACAUUCGUGGAGAGUAUAGCGAACAACAUAACAGGUGGUGGCUACUACCUCGACGUCAAGAUCGGAACUCCAGGCCAAGAUGCUCGCAUGAUUCUAGAUACCGGCAGCAGUGAUGCUUGGGUCGUGUCGAGCAGGGCGGAUCUCUGCGGGAACACGAGGUUGCAGCGGCAGUAUGGAGAUAGCUGCAGUACCACUUACAACGAGACUAAGAGCUCUUCAUAUUCUUUAAAAGAACGCAACGGUUUUCAGAUCCGGUACCUCGAUGGCUCGGCAGCUCGUGGCGACUACGUCAAGGAUGACUUCACAAUUGGCGAAACCACCAUCAAGGGACUUCAGAUAGGCGUUGCGAGCACCACCGUUCGCAGCACCGGGAUCCUGGGCGUCGGGUUCAGCUCGCACGUUGCCGCCAAGGUGCCCUACCCCAACUUCAUGGACGAGCUGGUGGCGCAAAAGAUCAUACAAGCCAAGGCCUACAGCUUAUGGCUGAACGACCGGCGGUCGCCGUCUGGGCGGAUCCUGUUUGGGGGUGUCGACACGGCCAAGUUCAUAGGGGCGCUCAAGGUGAUACCGUUAAUCCCGGACAUUACAACCAAGAACAUCACCAGCUUCACCGUCGCCCUGAGCGGCUUCGAGAUUGAGCUCUCCAACAAGACCAAGACCAAGAUCGACAUGCGCAGCACCAGCAACCCCGCGCUGCUGGACUCGGGCACCACGCUGUCCUACCUCCCAGUCAGCAUGGCGCAGAAGGUCUUUGGCAUGUUUGGCGCCGUCGAGGACAAGAACGUCACGGGCCUGACGUACAUCAGCUGCGACUACCUGCACAAGGAAAAAGACAUGGUCAUGUCCUUUACCUUUGCCAAGGACGGCGGCACCAUCAGGGUCCCCGUGUACGAGAUGGUGCUCGACGUGGUGCGCAACCUCGACGGGUUCCGGACGCCCCCGGGCCUGCCCUUCAAGGACGUUUGCCUGUUCGGAAUUCAGUCGACGGGCCAGUUCGCGCAGCAGUACAACUCGCUCGAGGGCGCCGACUUUACGCUCCUGGGCGACACGUUCCUGCGUUCCGCCUACGUGGUCUACGACCUCGACCACAACGAGAUCGGCAUCGCGCAGGCCAACCUCAACGCCACCGACAGCAAGAUCGUCAACCUGACGGCGACGGACAAGAGCUUGCCGCGCCUGACGGGCGUCGCGAGCCAGGUUGUCAACGUGGCCGUCCAGACCACCGUCACGGGCGCGGAUGGCCUGCCGACCGUGACCACGAUCGAGGUGCCUGGCACGUCAGACAACGAAAAUGCCGCGGCGGGUCGUGCGACGGUGGGCGUUGGCAGGGGGAUUGCUUCUCUCAUUGGCGCGUGGGCCGUCUUUGCUAUAUUUGGAGGCGUCUCUUUCAUCUUGUAA